AAUCAUUCAUGUGUGACGAUAUCGCGUUCUGCUAACCGCCGUGUCUUCAAUCUAUCGCACUUUCCCCUGUGUGUUUGUGAUAUAUACGGACAAGGAUUUUAUCGAUCCGAGACUUCCAAUAUUAGAUUACAAUUUUGCAAUCAUUGGAUUACUCUAGGAAACGUGUAAGCGGAUCCCAUCACAGUCUUAAUUAAAAUUGACAACAGGUAGGAUUGUCAUUGAAAUUUGUUCACAUUUUCAGGAUUUUAUAGAGACGAAAGUUAAUUUUUACAAUUUGUUUAAACGCAGACCGACGCUCAGAUGUUCUCAAACGUGACUCCGAUACCACAUGUAACGUUGUAAGGAGGAUUUAAAAGGCGCUGCCGUGAUCACUUGCAAAUAUGCAUGUAUUUUAAUUGAAAAACCUCCUUGAAAAAGCUACGGUAUAGGAAUGUGACUUUUUAAAGUAGUUUUUAAAAUCUUUCAUUGCAGUCAUCUUGUGCAGGCAUAAUAUAUAUUACUAAGGCUCAUGAUUACUUUCUAAGGAUUAUUUCCGUAAUAUGAGAGUUUGUUGUUUUAGCGUACCAGCGGGAAUUUUUUGUGACAAAUUUAAUCUAAAUGUGUUGGCAGACGGCUCUUUUAGUCAAUAUGUGAAGGCUAAUUGUACAUUUAAAUAUGCGAAAGGGGUUGCUACCAUCAUAUCUAGUUAAGAUGAGGAGACAACUUUUACAUGUAAACACGACAGGGGGCGUAAAAACGCCCUGUUUAAGGAAGACGCAAUAUAAAGUAAAUCAUCAGUAAAGCUGAAACUGGUUACACAUUGCCACAUGGCACUGUUCAUGUGAAAAUUAUUGAACCCAAUUUGUAAUUUAAAAAUAAAAAAAAAAACGUAAUGAGAUCAUUGUGCAGUAACAAACGAAUAUCCCAAUUAUAUUAUUUCCUAUCCACAGCCAUUCGUACAUGACAAGAGAUGGGUGUUAUCCAAGGAUUCCUGGAUACAAACUGGAUGGGGCGAGUUGUGCUCAUUUUAUUACUGGUAUAGUUCAUGUUUUUACAUUUCAAGAAAUUAAUGUGUUUUUUUUACGAUGGAAUAACACAAAAAGUUCAGAAUAAAAAAUCAUUGUGCAGAUAAUUGGUAUGGUAAAAUCUUUUUUUUUUUUUUAAAAGAUAAAUAUUUUGCAAAUAGUUUUCCAAACAGAAAUUCAAUCUGACUAGAUUCAAAAUAGUCUGUGAUAAAGACAUGAAUUUGUCUGCCUAUUUAAACUCAGAUUCCACCAAUAUGACCCACCAAAAAGAAAUUAAUCAUACAUAUUCUUUUAGCUCACCCACCUUCUCCACUACAGACUAGUUUAAAAAGAUAAAGAUUUUUUUUAUAUUAAGAAUACCCGUGAUAUAAUUAUAAUAAAACAUUAAGAUUGCUACCGCUUUUUAUUAUAAUUUAAUUUGAUUUAAUCACGUUGUUUUUUUCUUUAAGGGUAAGGUACAUACAAAAAGCUAAAAAAAAAAAUACGUUAAUUAUGUAUGAUUUAAAAUGUAUUCCACAUGUUCUACAAUUGCAUGGUAUAAUUAUUGUGUUCAAACGUUUGCGUCGUGUCCAGGUGGCCCAGAUCUUCAACUGGCUGAGUAUGUGUAUGAACGACUGGGGGCUCUUCGAUAGCAACCCUCUCAAUAACAAAGACAGGAAAGGUUUCGGUGUGUGGAAGGAAUGCGGAAACCAAGAACCUAGUGCCAACUGUGUGGAGCUGGAUGGGUGGAGGCUAAGUAAGUGGUUAAAUUGGCUGGAGGGAGGCUAAGUAAGUGGUUAUCUGGAUGUGUGGAGGCAAAGUAAGUUGUUAACUGGAUGGUCGGAGGCUAAGUAAAUAGUUAACUACUUGGGUGGAGGCUAAGUAAGGGGUUAACUGGAUGUGUGGAGGCUAAGCAAGGGGUUAACUGGCUGUGUGGAGGCUAAGCAAGUAGUUAUAUUGAUGGUUGGAGGCUAAGUAAGUGGUUAUCUGGAUGUGUGGAGGCAAAGUAAGUGGUUAACUGGAUGGGUGGAGGUUAAGUAAGUGGUUGAAUGGAUGUGUGGAGUAGAGACCGACCGAAAGUGAUUUUCUGAUUUCGGCCGAAGCCGAAAAUAGGCCGAAAGUUUAAAAUGAUUUUCGACCGAAACCGAAAAAAGUCCGAAAGUUUAAAAAUGACUUUCGGCCGAAACCGAUAAAAGACCGAAAGUUAAAAAUGAAUUUUGGCCGAAACCGAAGCCGAAACCGAAGCCGAAACCGAAGCCGAAACCGAAAAUGAAAUAUUAAGAUAUUUUGAAAUUCGUUCCCGCAUACAUUCUGCUUACAUCGAAAAUGAUGUGGGAAAAUAUAAAUAUUUACAUUCUUAGAAAUAUUAAGAUAUUUUGAAAUUCGUUCCCGCAUACAUUCUGCUUACAUCGAAAAUGAUGUGGGAAAAUAUAAAUAUUUACAUUCUUUUUAUAAAAAUGAGAUAAUCGUAAAUAUUAAUAAAUAAAAAUCUAAUUUAGGGUUCUCAAACUCGCGGCCAGCAAGCCAUUUGUGACCCGCAAGACGAUAUUUUGCGGCCCGCUCCAUGACAGAAAAGUUUAGUGUACAUCGCCGGCCCGUUUCCCCCAUUCUCAUAUAUAUAACGUGACUCUCCGCGACGGUUUCAGUCGAAUCUCACCGACUAAUCUAAUUCUGAUUUUUUUUAAUGUCUCUAUAUAUUUUUGUAUGCCAGCUCUCUGGCAACAGUGAGUAGGUGGAUGAAAGUGAAUCCUAGUUCUUGAGAACCCUUAAUGAUCUUUUUUUGUUAUUUAUAAAGGUCUCUAAAAAUGUGGUUCUAAAAGAUCACUUAAUUUGUUCUUAAAGAUCGCUUAGUUUGUUGUUAAAGAUCGCUUAGUUUGUUGUUAAAGACCGUUUAAUUGGUUGUUAUUGAUCGGUUAGUUUGUUGUUAAAGAUCGGUGAGUUUGUUCAUAAAAAUCGCUUAGAUUGUUCUAAAAUAUCGCUUAGUUUAAUCUUAAAGGUCGCUUAAUUGUUUCUUAAAGAAAGCUUAGUUUGUUGUUAAAGAUCGCUUAGUUUGUUUUAAAGAUCGUUUAGUUUGUUCAUAAAUGUCGUUUAGUUUGUUGUUAAAUAUCAUUUAGUUUGGUCUCAAAGAUCGCUUAAUUUGUUCUUAAAUGUCGCUUAGUUUGUUGUAGCAUAUAGCUUUCGAUUAGUAUUAAAUGACCGAAAACCUGAGUAACUUUCGGCCGGAUGGCCGAAAGUCUAAGUCAAGUUCGGCCGAAACCGAAGAAAAACCGAAAGUUAACUUUUCUCUUUCGGCCGAAACCGAAAUUAAGCCGAAAGUUAACUUUCCAGUUUCGGCCGAAACCGAAACUUGGCCGAAAGUGAUAAAAUGGCCACUUUCGGCGCCGAAACCGAAGCCGAAGCCGAAAUUCGGUCGGCCUCUAGUGUGGAGGCUAAGUAAGUGGUUAAAUGUAUGUGUGGGCCCUAAGUAAGUAGUUAACUGGAUGGGUGGAGGUUUAAGUAAGUGGUUAAAUUGCCUGGAUGGAGAUUAAGUAAGUUUUUAAAAUUUAAGUGAUAUGGCUGUUCCUUAUUUAAUAAAUGUUGAAAGUUUUUAAGUAAAGGGUUAUAAUUAAGGUAAGGUAUCUCGUUGUUGUCAUCUCAGAUUGUGUGGCUUUCUGGCAAAGUAUACCUCCAUGUCUUCUAUCAUACGUACGGCACAGAACAUUAGAAACGAAACAAAAUACAAAUACACUAUACUGCUGCAUUAUACCCCAGACACGAAACAAAAUACACAUUCAUUAUUACGGCAUAAUACCAAAGAAACGAAAGCCAAUGUUUAGGUUUUAUGCCUUAAAUAAUGACAAAAAACACGGAGGCAUAAUAAUGUAAUUGCAUUUUAUUACGGCAUAAUACCAAAGAAACGAAACAAACAAGACAUUCAUUAUUAUGACCAUCAGCGUAUGUUCCGCUCCAUUUGUUUGGGCAGUAAAUUAAAAUUUAGAGUAUGUAAAUUAUAUUUUGAUUUGAUGAAGUCAGACCUAUUAAUUACGAGCCGGUUCCAAGAAGUACAACAAAAUAAAAUAACAAAACGAACUUAUCAAAAUUAAACAUCACUACAUUCAAUUUUAUAUUGGGAUACAUUUAAAACAUGUUUAAUUUAAAAUAAAUUUAAAAAAAAAAAAUAAAUAGAGUAGCUGCCAUUGCUUGUAUAGUUGGAGUGUGAAUGACAUGGUUUUGUUUUAUUGGUUCUCUCCUUUAAUAUCUUUAAUAUUAAUUACGAGCCGGUUCCAAGAAAUACAACAAAAUAAAAUAACAAAACCAACUUAUCAAAAUUAAACAUCACUACAUUCAAUUUUAUAUUGGGAUACAUUUAAAACAUGUUUAAUUUAAAAUAAAUUUAAAAAAAAAAAAAUAAAUAGUGUAGCUGCCAUUGCUUGUAUAGUUGGAGUGUGAAUGACCUGGUUUUGUUUUAUUGGUGCUCUCCCUUAAUAGCUUUACAUACACAACAUCAGUGUAGAUAAACGUAUUAUGGUCUACAGAUUACGUAUUUAAUUUACUUUUAAGUUAGUAGGAGAAUAUUAUUAUUAUUUAACUAUUUAUUUUUUCGAUCUCUUUAAAGAACUUGUUUGUUUAGACAUAUCGAUACUUUCCUUGGUUAAUAUCGUGUCGAUACUUCCCUUAGUUUUGUGACUAUACUUCGCUUGGUUAGUUUUGUGUCGAUACAUUCCAUGGUUAGUUUUGAGUCGAUACUUUCCAUGGUUAGGUUUGUGUCGAUACUUACUAUGGUUAGUUUAGUGUCGAUACCUAACAUGCUUAGUUUUGUUUUAUUUGCAACAAUUUUUUUCACACUGACGAGCACAUCAUACAAUGAGUAAAACAGAGUAAGGUUAAACCUGAAAAAAGAAACGCUACAAAUCAACGAACAUGUCGGCAGAAAGCCUUCGUCAGCGAACAAAACAACAGAAAAAACGGUAUAAAAAUAAAAAUAAGAACUAGCACUUAGCUUAACUUAGAGGUAGUAUCCGUAUUUUUAUUUUUAUACCGUUUUUCUGUUGUUUUGUUUGCUGAAUAAGGCUUUCUGCAGACACGUUUGCUGUUUUGUUGCGUUCCUUUUUUUCAGGUUUAACCCUACUCUGUUUUACUCAUUUUAUAUUGUGCUAACCUGAUCGCAGUCUCUCCCCUUAUUACCCUUGACUAGGACAUCGCGGCUGAAGUCUAUAUUUAGAGUUUUAUCAAUUUUUAAAAUGAAAAUAAUGUUUAUAAGUUCUUUUUCGUUUGAUUUCAGAAUGGUACGGGGCCUUCCAAGGAUUCGCCAUUUUUGCAUUUAUGUCAGUGAACGUAGCUUUUUGUCUGACCAUUCUACUUCUCUACGUGCCGCCAUGCAAGGGGUCCAGGGAACUCGCCAUAGGGAGCGCUAUUGCAUGUUUUAUAACAAGUGAGUUCAUAAAUGACGUCACACUAAUUUUUGCCCACCUCCCCCCACAGACAAUAUUCUAUCUAUGUUAACGGUCUAGUGAAUUGACUAGACUAUAGCCCUCACCCCCACUCCCACAAUCUUCUCUUAAUGUUAAAGGUCUAGUUAAUUGUGUAGAAUAUAGCCCCCCCCCAACCCUUUUUUUUUUUGUACACACACACAUUUAUAUUAUAGAAUAUGACGUCAACUAACUAGGCGUAAUAAGACCAAGCAGUGGAAGCAAGAUGGAUGACCAACUUAUCACGCGUAUAAGAUAAACACUGACGUCAAAAAACUAAACAAACAAACAACAAAUAAACAACAACACAUAACACAAUUUUACAUAAGAUUCAGAAAGGGUGUUUUGAACCUGAAGAGUCAUGGGACAUCACCCCUCCAAGUCUUCAGAAAUAGAUUUUUAUUUCUGAAUUCUCUCUCCUAAUAAGUCAAAACUUAUAAAAGGUCUAAAACAUCUCAUAUUUCACAUUAAACAUGACAAAUCUCAUUUUUAAAAUCAUUAAUACAAAUACCGUCUCUUUAAUUCAUUAUAAUUUAAAAGCUUCUAUCAAGAUUUCAGACAUUUUUUACGAACCACCCCCCCGGGGGGGUUUUUUUUUUUUUUAAAAAAAAAAACAACAACCAUUUUUAUAGAUAACUUGGAAACGGUAUACACAAACUUGAUCUCAUUAGGUCCCGUGAUUAAAAAAAAAAUGAAACAAGGGAAAAAAACAAGAACAAAAAACAACAACUUUGAUCUACCUGCCUUAGACCUGACUCCGCAUCUGAUUCCCCAGCUGUGUUUUACAUCGUGGCCAUCAUCAUAUUUGGGGUGAGGUUUGACCGGUCUUUCGACGCCGGCUUCGACCGGGAGAUUCUGCAGUCCGGCUUCUACUUCGCCAUCAUAGUCGCCAUCCUCACCCUUGUAGCCGGCAUCUGUGCCGUGGUCGGCAUCACCAGCAAACAGCAGGUGGGGCCGUCGUCGGGCGGGCGUCAUGGACGGGGCGUCGACGAGGAAGGACAAGGACAGCAGCUGCAGCAGACGCAGAAGAAGCAGAAAAAGAAGAAAAAGCAGGACGAACAACAACAGGAAUAUUAAUUAAAUACGUCAUCGUGACUGCGUAUUGGGUUCAUUUUAGCCAUUAAAUUAUAGUCACAUAAAUGAAGUUAAUAUGAACUUUGCUUCAUGAUAUUAAGAUUUGAAUUAAUCUAUUGUGAUAUAUAAUCAUUUUAGUGAUAUUUUCACAUUUAGCGAUCUAUUUACACAUGUCACUGACAUAGUCUUUAAAUAUUGUUGAUUCAUUGAUUUAUUCCGAUCAUAAAUUAUCAAUUGUAAUUGCUUAAAGUAUUAAGGAAAUGAAAAAAACAACAAAUAAAAACAAAACAAAACAAGACAGUAUUAACAAUAUAGAAGUAAGUUAGUUACUUAAUAAAUAACACAAUUUGCCAGUAUUUAAAAAAAAACAACAACAAAUUAUUGUUUUUCUCAUUAUUAUAAUUAUUAUUACACCUGAGUGCUAUUAAGAUUUAAUUAACGACGAUCAUAUUUAUAUUCAUUUUUUUUGUUAUACAUUUAAUCUCACAGUUUAAUUAAAUAUAUUCUUUUGUUUAAAACACCAAUGUAAAAAAAUAUAUAACUAUAAAUCAAUUUUGAUUCAAGGCUUUUGUUGUGCUUUUUUUUUCUCCUUUUUUUUCAAUAAUUAAAAA